AUGUCACGAGAUCACUAUGAACAAGACCGUAGUGCACUUAAGAAAAGGGAAUGGGAGCGGAGGAACCAAGAAGUCCAGCAAGAAGACGAUCUCUUUUCUUCAGGCUUUGAUCUUUUUGGGGAGCCCUACAAGACAAACAAAGGUGAUGCACUUGCCAACCGAGUCCAGAACACGCUGGGAAACUAUGAUGAAAUGAAGGAUUUGCUAACUAACCAUUCUAAUCAGAAUCAUCUAGUGGGAAUCCCAAAGAAUUCCGUGCCCCAGACUCCCAUCAACAAAAAUGAACCAAGCAUUUUUCCAGAGCAAAAGAACCGAAUGAUCCCACCUCACCAGGAUAACACUCACUCCUUGGCACCAAUGCCUCCACCUUCUGUCGUGAUACUGAAUUCAACUCUAAUUCACAGCAACCGGAAGUCAAAACCUGACUGGCCACGAGAUAGUCAGAACGCUAGCGUCGUACCGGCCAGCCAGGCUGGUGGUCAGCCCAGCAAGAUGCAGCCGUCGACACAGGACCAGCCCCCAGCCAGACUGGAAGACUUCUUUGUCUACCCAGCCGAACAGCCUCCAGUUGGAGCAGUUGAAGAGUCAACCCCAUGUGCAAAGGAAGACAGUAAUGUCAAGUCCACUGGAGGGGAUGCUUUCAAAGAAAUCUUUCAGUCCAACUCACCAGAAGAGUCUGAAUUUACAGUGCACGCGCCUGGGUCUCCCCUAGUGGCCUCCUCUUUAUUAGCUCCCAGCAGUGGCCUUUCGGUUCAAAACUUCCCACCAGGGGUUUACUGCAAAACAAGCAUGGGGCAGCAAAAACCAACCGCCUAUGUGAGACCCAUGGAUGGUCAGGACCAGGCCCCGGACAUCUCUCCCACACUGAAACCUUCGAUUGAAUUUGAGAACAGCUUUGGGAAUCUGUCAUUUGGAUCACUGUUGGAUGGCAAACCCAGUGCACCCAGUUCAAAGACUAAACUGCCAAAGUUCACGAUUCUCCAAACAAGUGAAGUAAGCCUUCCCAGUGACCCAAGCUGUGUUGAAGAAAUCUUGCGGGAGAUGACCCAUCCCUGGCCUACUCCUCUCACUGCCAUGCACACUCCCGGAAACUCUGAGCAGAGCACAUUUUCCAUCUCAGGACAGGAAUCCCAGCAUCUGACCCCAGGAUUCACCUUACAAAAGUGGAGCGACCCGACCAGCAGAGCUUCUACAAAGAUGCUUGAAGACGACCUGAAGCUGAGCAGUGAUGAAGAUGACCUUGAGCCUGUGAAGACCUUGACCACUCAGUGCACUGCCACUGAGCUCUACCAGGCUGUUGAAAAGGCAAAACCUAAGAAUAAUCCUGUAAACCCACUCUUGGCCACACCUCAGCCCCCACCUGCAGUGCCAGCCAGUGGGGGAUCCGGCAGCUCCAGUGACUCCGAGAGCAGCUCAGAGUCAGACUCAGACACUGAAAGCAGCACCACUGACAGCGAAGCCAAUGAGGCACCACGCGUGGCCACUCCAGAGCCAGAGCCGCCCUCCACCAACAAGUGGCAGUUGGACAAGUGGCUUAACAAAGUGACAUCUCAGAACAAGUCAUUUAUUUGCGGCCAAAAUGAAACACCCAUGGAGACAAUUUCUGUGCCUCCUCCCAUCAUCCAGCCAAUGGAAGUCCAGGUCAAGGUGAAGGCAAAUCCCAGCCAGGUCCUGGCUGAACCCAAAGAGAGGCCUCUCCUCAGUCUCAUCAGGGAGAAAGCCCGUCCACGACCCACCCCGAAAACUCCAGAAACAAAGGCUCUGAAGCAUAAGUUGUCGACAGCUCUCGAGACAGCGUCUCAAAGGACAAUUGGGAAAAAACAGCCCAAAAGGGUGGAGAAGAACACCAGCCUUGAGGAAUUUACCUGGCCCAAACCAAAUAUCACCAGCAGCACUCCCAAAGAAAAGGAAAGCGUGGAGCUUCCUGACCCCCCGAGAGGCCGCAGCAAAGCCACUGCCCACAAGCCGGUCCCUAGGAAAGAACCGAGGCCCAGCAUCCCCUUGGCUGCGGAGAAGAAGAAGUACCGAGGACCCGGCAAGAUGGUGCCAAAGUCCCGGGAAUUCAUUGAAACCGAUUCGUCUACGUCCGAUUCCAACACGGAUCAGGAAGAGACCCUGCAGAUCAAAGUCCUGCCUCCUUGCAUGGCUCCCGGGGGCAACACUGCCAAAUCCAAGGAAACCUGUGGGGCCAGCCUCACCCUCAGCACCUUCAGCAGCAGUGGCAACGGCAACAACCCCCCCGUCCCGAGUGAGGAGCCUGCUUUUUCACCCAUCCCUGUCAUGCAGACUGAGCUUCUGUCUCCUCUCCGAGAUCACGAGAAUCUGAAAAAUCUCUGGGUGAAGAUUGAUCUUGACCUACUGUCCCGAGUGCCUGGCCACAACUCACUUCAAGCGGCGCCAGCCAAGCCAGACCACAAAGAGACGGCCUCAAAGCCCAAGCGGCAGACGGCUGCUGCGGCUGCAGAGAAACCCGCCCCCAAGGGCAAGCGUAAGCACAAGCCAACAGAAGCUGUGGAGAAAAUCCCUGAGAAGAAGCAACGCCUGGAGGAGGCGGCCACCAUCUGCCUGCUUCCACCUUGCAUCUCACCAGCUCCCCCCCAGAAGCCUCCCAGCACUAAAGAAAAUAAUUCAUCCAGGAGAGCAAAUAGAAGAAAAGAAGAAAAGCUCUUUCCUCCUCCACUUUCCCCGCUGCCAGAGGACCCUCCACGCCGCAGGAACAUCAGUGGCAAUAAUGGUCCCUUCAGUCAAGACAAAACCAUCCCUGUGAUUGGACAGAUCACCUCGACCAAACCUAAGAGGAGUGAAGGCAAAUUCUGUGCUACUUUCAAAGGGAUAUCUGUAAAUGAGGGAGACACUCCAAAAAAGGCAGCCUCUACCACCGUCACUGUCACCAACACUGCUAUUGCCACUGCCACGGUCACUGCUACUGCCAUUGUCACCACCACUGUCACGGCCACUGCCACGGCCACUGCCACGGCCACUACCACAACCACUACCACUACCAUUUCCACCAUCACCUCCACCAUCACUACUGGCCUCAUGGAUAGCAGUCACCUGGAGAUGACAUCCUGGGCAGCCCUGCCCCUUCUGUCCAGCAGCACCACCAAUGUCCGGAGACCCAAGCUCACUUUUGAUGACUCGGUCCACAAUGCUGAUUAUUACAUGCAAGAGGCCAAGAAGCUGAAGCACAAAGCCGAUGCACUGUUCGAGAAAUUUGGCAAAGCUGUGAAUUAUGCUGAUGCAGCCCUGUCCUUCACUGAAUGCGGCAACGCGAUGGAGCGCGACCCUCUGGAAGCCAAGUCUCCGUACACCAUGUACUCAGAGACCGUGGAGCUUCUCAGGUAUGCAAUGAGGCUGAAGAACUUUGCAAGCCCCCUGGCUUCAGAUGGGGACAAAAAGCUGGCCGUACUAUGCUACCGAUGCUUGUCACUUCUCUACCUGCGGAUGUUCAAACUGAAGAAGGACCACGCCAUGAAGUACUCCAGAUCACUGAUGGAAUAUUUUAAGCAAAAUGCUUCAAAAGUCGCUCAGAUACCAUCUCCAUGGGUAGGCAAUGGAAAGAACACUCCAUCCCCCGUGUCUCUCAACAACGUGUCUCCCAUCAACGCAAUGGGGAACUGUAACAACGGCCCGGUCACCAUCCCCCAGCGCAUUCACCACAUGGCCGCCAGCCACGUCAACAUCACUAGCAAUGUGUUACGGGGCUACGAACACUGGGACAUGGCCGACAAACUGACAAGAGAGAACAAAGAAUUCUUUGGCGAUCUGGACACGUUGAUGGGGCCCUUGACCCAGCACAGCAGCAUGACCAAUCUCGUCCGCUACGUCCGCCAGGGACUGUGCUGGCUGCGCAUCGACGCCCAUUUGUUGUAGUGGCUGCGCCCCCAUCUCCAGCCUCACUGCCCAUCACGCUACCUCUGCCAGAGCACCAACGGGCACUGGUGGAACUUCACUCAUUUGGGAAAGUUCUCUUUGAUUAUGUUUGUUUUUAUGCUUCUUUUGAUAUCUGUGAAAAACGAAGUCAUUGU